AUGGCUUUUCAGCAACCCGCGCGGCAGCCCGUUCAGCGAGUUGCCCGCCCGUCUACUGCCGUCGAGUCCACCCCGGAGCCUCCAGCCGCCCUCCAGGACAGGGAGCCCGACCAGUCCCAGACAUCAUGGGUGCUCUUUUCUCCUCCAACAGAAGUCACCACCGCCUCAUAUCUUAGCGAAACUGAACGCUCGGUCGAUACGCCAUGCCGCUCGCGCGGCCUGGCCAGCCUCCACACUGCCCCGAGAUCCUCCCAGACCGAUGACUUUCGACUGUCGCUUGCCUCUUCUGCUGUCGACGAUGUUUCCGUUGAUGAAGAUGCAGAGCUAGAUAGCCUUGACAGCCAUCUGCCUGAAUUCCGCUCCCAACCCGGCGACCAUGUCGCCUCCCACCGAAAUAGCUUCCACGGCGCCGCCCCCGUCUUCCCCGCCCACGAUGGCUUGGGCUCGUUCCGCCUCGAUAGGCCCGCGCUGGGUCGCGAUGCGCAGGAACAAAUAUACCAGUUCGAGCGUUUCAACCCCAAAAGAUUACGAGUCGACACUGCCGACGAUACGUACAUGGAGAUGGAUGCUGCAGCCGAGGCCCAAGAAACGGCCAAACGAGAGCGGAUCGAGGCCUGGCGCCUGGAACACAGCCGAGUACUCCUCGAUGAGGUACAGCGCGAGACUAGGCGCCGCCGCAAGUCACUCGUUUCCAUGCAUCGCCGUCAUCAGUCUCAAACGUCCGACGACAACAUGACUUGGCAUGACGAUGAUGAUGACACCACUGAGGCACCGAACGAAGACCGUGGCUUCCUUGCUCGCAUCACCCGCACCGUGGUCAAGGACAUUUUUGGAAUUGACGAGAGGCUGCUGGGCAUCCUCCUUGGUGAAGCUGUCGUUGACGAAGACGACCUGUCCAACACACCCCGCGCUUCACAGCUCAACACGGCGCAGUCGUCGUCACUCGACGAGGAGUCGUGGCAGCUGCGCAUUCUCGAGUCGGUAUCGCGCGAGCUGGGCCGCCUCGUCAAUCACCUCUCGCCACACCACCCUGGCGCCUUUUCGACCUACUCGCGCAUGCAGCAGAUGCCACUUCCCUACGCUGGUCUCCCCGUCAUCCCCGAAGCUGCUGACUUGACCAGCAUUGAUCAUCCCAGCGCCGCGCCCCCUGCUCCUGAAUUCAAGCCCUCCCUCACCCGUAACACGCAGCCUAUCCCAAUUCCUGGCAAGGGCACCGACGAAACUGAGGACAGCGGCCUCUUCUCAAAGGACGAGUGGGAGCGGGAUCUAGACAUCAAGCUUGUCUUUCGCUACCUCAUCUCUCGCUUCACAUCACGCAACAACUCGUCAGCAAGCGGAUCGUCGUCACACUUGGCAACGACGAGCAUGCAGGAUGCCGCGGCCCGUGUGGCCCGCGUGCGCCAGCACCACCCGCUCAUUGCCCGGGCGCGGCCGAUGGAGCGCCGGCCAUUCAGGGCCAUUGCCCCGAGCAGCCCGAUUGCGGCGCGCCCACGCAGCAGCUGCGCCAGCCAGAGCACCAGACGGUCGGCCCGACGUAGCAGUACGUCGUCUCGGCAUUACUGGGACAUUGGCGGCUCACUCGGCACCGGCUCCAUGAUCGGGCCUCAAGGGCCUAUGGGAAGCUGGGGAGAGGCGUGA